AUGGUGCAGAAGUACCAGUCUCCUGUCUGCGUCUACAAGUACCCAUUUGAGUUGGUCAUGGCGGCCUAUGAGAAGCGCUUCCCCACCUGCCCGCAGAUCCCGGUCUUCCUGGGCAGCGAGGUCCUACGCGAGUCCCGCAGCGCCGACGGGGCAGUGCACUUGGUGGAGCGGAGCUGCCGGCUGCGCGUGGAAGCCCCGCGGCUGUUGCGGAAGAUUGCAGGCGUCGAGCACGUGGUCUUCGUGCAAAGAAACGUCUUGAACUGGAAGGAGAGGACUCUCCUCAUCGAAGCACACAACGAGACCUUCGCCAGCCGCGUGGUGGUCAAGGAGAACUGCAGCUACACGGUCCACCCUGAGAAUGAAGACUGGACAUGCUUUGAGCAAUCUGCCUCGCUCGACAUCCGGUCCUUCUUUGGCUUCGAAAGUGCCUUGGAGAAGAUCGCCAUGAAGCAGUACACAGCCAAUGUCAAGAGGGGGAAGGAGGUGAUCGAACAUUACCUGAACGAGCUCAUCUCCCAGGGCACCUCUCACAUUCCCCGGUGGACACCUGCCCCAGUCCCAGAGGAGGACACCCACUCCCAGGCUGGGCUGAGGGAUCCUGGCUCCCUGGAGUUCUGCGGGCCUGGCAGCGCCCAGGGCCCUGCUCCCGAGAUGGUCAGUACUGACGGGGACAAGCUGGAUGCGGACUACAUUGAGAGGUGCCUGGGCCAUCUCACACCCAUGCAGGAGAGCUGCCUGAUCCAGCUGCGGCAUUGGUUGCAGGAGACCCACAAAGGCAAGGUCCCCAAAGACGAGCACAUCCUUAGGUUCCUGCGGGCUCGAGACUUCCACCUGGACAGGGCCCGGGAGAUGCUGUGCCAGUCCUUGAGCUGGCGAAAGCAACACCAGGUUGACCUCCUCCUUCGGACCUGGCGACCCCCUGCCCUCCUGGAGGAGUUCUACGCAGGGGGCUGGCACUACCAGGACAUAGAUGGCCGCCCCCUGUACAUCCUGCGUCUGGGCCACAUGGACACCAAGGGCUUGAUGAAGGCCGCGGGGGAGGAGGUGCUGCUGCAGCAUGUUCUUUGCGUCAAUGAGGAAGGACAGAAGCGGUGUGAAGGGAACACAAAACAGUUUGGCCGUCCCAUCAGCUCCUGGACCUGCCUGGUGGACCUGGAGGGUCUCAGCCUGCGGCACCUGUGGCGGCCGGGGAUAAAGGCCUUGCUGCGCAUGAUCGAGGUGGUGGAGGACAAUUAUCCUGAGACCCUGGGCCGGCUGCUCAUCGUGCGAGCCCCCCGCGUCUUCCCUGUGCUCUGGACGCUGAUCAGCCCCUUCAUCAAUGAGAACACCAGGCAGAAGUUCCUCAUCUACAGCGGCAGCAAUUAUCAGGGCCCCGGAGGCCUUGUCGACUACCUGGACAAAGAAGUGAUCCCCGACUUCCUCGGGGGAGAGUGCCUAUGUAACGUCCCUGAAGGAGGGCUGGUCCCCAAGUCCCUCUAUCUGACGGAAGAGGAUCAGGAACACAGAGACCAGCUGCGGCAGUGGAGAGAGACCUACCAGGCGGCCAGUGUGCUCCGUGCGGCCCCGCAUGAGGUCGCAGUGGAGAUUCUGGAGAGGGAGUCAGUCAUCACCUGGGACUUUGACAUCCUGCAAGGGGACGUGAUGUUCAGUCUGUACCACACCAAGCAGGCGCCCAAGCCGGGCCCCCGGGAGCCCAGGGCCAGGGCUGGCGGGCAGCUGACAGACAAAGGCUGGGCCCUGGGUGCAGAUUACAGCCGUGUGGAGGCCCCCCUCAUCUGCCGGGAAGGGGAGAGCAUCCAGGGCUCCCAUGUGACCCAGUGGCCUGGCGUCUACCUGCUCCAGUGGCAAAUGCACAGCGCCCCUGGCCACAUGGCCUGCAGCCUCCCGGGUGUGGAGGAUGUCCUGAUGGCCCUGCACAGCCCUGGCCCCAGGUGCAAACUGCUCUACUACUACGAGGUGCUGGCGUCUGAGGACUUCAGGGGCUCCAUGUCCAGCCUGGAAUCCUGCAGCAGCCGCUUCUCCCAGCUCAGCAGCACCACCUCCUCCUCCAGCCAGUCCCACAGCAGCUCCCUGGUCUCCAGAUAGUCAGGACCGAGCCCUGCGGGGCAGCCUGU